AUGCCUCUAUCAUACACCCCAGCCCUACAUUCCCGCCACUAUUGGGACGUAUGGCCGGACAAACUGAUGCGCGACCGGUUCGUCCACGACUGGGACGACUGGAAGGACUUCUCGGACAACUCCCUCAUCUCCCGGAACCGUCGCCACCAACUGGAGCGCCGUCGAAGUGAUGAGAACCAGAAGAAUGAGGUUCUGGAGGAUAAGCACCGGUUCCGCGCGAAACUAGACGUCUCGCACUUCAAGGCCCACGAGAUUGAGAUCAAGUACUCGGACGGCAAUAUCGUGGUGACCGGUAAGCACGAGGAGGUGGAGGACAGGCAGGGCUACGUGAGCCGGCAGUUCACGCGCCGGUAUGUGUUGCCCGCCGAGUACGACGCCGACCUCCUGGAGGCGACCAUUUCGGCCGACGGGGUACUGGUUAUCGAGGCGCCCACUAAGCGCGUGAAACGGGUGGACAGUGGGGAACGGAUUGUACCGAUCAUUCACAGCCAUCACAUCACCCGAAACGGUUCCAAGUGA